ACAGCAAUUUAUUGCUAAAGAAAGCAAUGGCCACGACAACCUUCAAAGGAAAAAGUUUCAAAAAGAUCGCUGUUUGGAUAAUUGUGUUUUCAGGACUUAUAGCAGUGUUCUUCUUCAAAAUAAACGUCGAUAUGGAUAUUCCCCAGACACACCACCAGGACACUCUUCCUGAUCCUCCCACACAGAACUGGAUUCAAAACCAGUUUAACGUGGCUAUUGCAAUGUUAGGGAAGAGUCCAUACAGACCACCAACAAAUUGGACAUGCAAGAUCCCACGACACACAUACUACUUUCCUAACGUAAAGACAAUAUUCACAGGAGUACCCAAAUGUGGGUGCUCUAAUUGGAUUGAAUUUCUUCUAAGAGCUGAAGGGGCUAUGGAUGUAACUUUAGAUCCAAGUGAAGUGGAUGCAGUUCACUCGAUUUACUCGAACCCAUUCCGUUUUGGGAUAAAUGCAGGCGUAAACGAGCAAGCUAGUUUGGCAUAUGCUCAAGGUGGUAUUUUCAGUUUUACAGUGGUCCGUAACCCCUGGACUAGAUUGGUAUCAGCCUACAGAGAUAAAUAUACAACUGAGGAUCGUGUCGAUGCUAAGUUCUACGACAAGAUGCACCUGGUAGCGAGGGAGAUGAACUGGAGGGAUCACAAUGGGAGGCCGGAUACUACAGAUCAUCCAUAUCCUUCUUUUGAUCAAUUUACAAGGUGGUUAUUGGAGCAUUUAAAUGAAGUUGGCAGUCAUUUCAUACCCCAAUGGUUGAUAUUGUGUAUCCCUGAAGCUAAAUACGACUUCAUUGUACCUCUAGAAUACAGUUAUCUGCUCAGUCUUGAUAUUGAACGGCGCCUCAAUACUUCUAUGAAAUUAUAUGAAUCUUAUGACCAUUCAAGUGAUCCCAGAAAGCAAUCCUCAGCUUUGCUUGCCAAGAAAUGGUUAUCUCAGCUAGACCCAGAACUGACUGAGAAGCUUUACUACACAUAUAAAGAGGACUUUGCGUUGAUGAAUUACAGUAAUUUUACUCACCCAGAUUUUCCUUUACCGAUCAUUCAGCACUAAAAGACCUACAAACGUAUUAAAAGAUUUUUUGUUGAUGUUUCAAAAAAAACUUUGAGAUUUUUUGAAACAUUUUAAUUAACACCGAUAACAUCUGUUUUCAAUUUGAAGA